CGUAAAUAUGAGGAAUCACCAGAAGUCUUAACCGAGAUUGUAGAAAGAGCUGUAGAAAAAUCGGUGCGUAAAGAAUUUUCUCAGCAAAUACCUAAUAAAAUAUCAGUAUCAAGCCUUUCCCAAUUAGGGAUGAGAAAAAUUAUUGAUGAUGUUGGAUUAAAGAUUAUAGUAUUCGUAGAUGAAGAUUUCCAACCAAUUGAAACCGUAUCAUGUAAUCCGUUCAGGUGGGAUGUGGAUAGGGCGGAAGAUCAACAGAUGGAUGAUGUUGAAAAAUGGUUUAAAAAUGCGCUAAAAUUACCAAGGGGUUUCCAUAUAGCGGAUAUCCAUACGCAAAAGAACUAUCAACGACAUUUGCGAGGAGCCAACGUCACUUUAACGGGUGGUGGAGAUAUUUCUAUUGGGCCAAGUGGGACAGCAUGUGUCUGGAUCGAAACUAAGAAAAAAGCGGAGGAUUUUAGCGAGGGUCAGGCCAUAGGAGAGUUAUUCUUAAUAGAUAAACUCCAUCCUACAAGAGCAAUGACUGUCUUGACGGAUUGCAAUAACCAUUGGAACAUUUACUUCUUCCUGACGACGAAAGAUGAAAAACAAUGCAUAGUAACAUGCAAUAUUGGUGAUCGUGGUGUUGCCUUGGCGAUAAUUAAAGAGUUUGUACUUGAAGAAGGGAUGUUUCUUAACGAAUUGAUAGGAAAAGACGUCACUUAUGAAGUAAAAUUGCCUGAACCUCUUAAAAAGAAAGCGAAGUUUCUUGAACGUAUAUUUGAAGCAGAUAAUGAGGACAGGAUGGCAGAUAUGGUUGGCGACAUGUCGGAGCAGGAAUUAUUUAACAUGACAGUUCGUAAAAGAUUAAUGUUGGUAAGAGAUUUUUGUAGACUGGAUGAACAGCCACAAGUGGAGCAACUUAUUAACCAGUUUAGUGAUAAUUAUGAAAACCCAGCAUCGAUGAUCCAAAAUGGUAACAAAAAAAUAAUAAAGUUAUACCCAUUGUUUUCACUAAGUCCUCUACUUAACAAUAUUUUUUGGAUUUGUGAAGUCGUGCUAAUCAGAUCUGCCUUCAGCCGAAAUAUUAGGGCUGUUAGAUAUUUUGAUUUCAUUACUAAUCUUUACAGAGGUCUUUUCUUUACAGGGUCCAUAAUUCGAAAAAAUUACGCAGGACCACCUUACAUGACCAAAUUCGAUUCUUGUACGGGUGCAAAUCGUG